CGGGCAUUCUAGCGAAGCCAUGAAUUAUUUGAAGGCUUUCAAAAUAGGUGAAGUCGCGGAGGAGAAACUGGACAGCAAACAGCACCAUAAUGUGAAGAAUGAUAAGAAGCCCAAGCAGAGUUUCCUGUCCCUAGUAACCUGUGGGCUUAUGAGCUGAGGAAGCCACACAACAUUGAAGUUCAAAAGACACGCUUUUGUAACGCUUAUUUAUAAGACAUGAAUUGUAACUGUAAUUGUAACUAAUCGAAUGCUG